AUGGGCAACAAAGUGGUCACCUUUACCGACCAGCAGCUCGAGGACUACCAAGAUUGUACGUUUUUUACGCGCAAGGAGAUACUGAGAGUGCACCAACGGUUUUACGAAGCCAGUCCGGAUCUGGUACCGGUGAUAAUGACCGAAGGACAAGCAUCCACGAUACAGGUUCCGCGCGAACGUAUCGAACGUCUACCGGAGCUGGUUGAAAAUCCAUUCAAGGGACGAAUGUGUGAAGCAUUUUCGCGCGAUGGCGAUGGUAAUCUAACGUUCGAGGACUUUCUCGAUUUGCUAUCGGUUUUUAGUGAGCAGGCUCCACGGGACAUUAAAGUGUACUACGCGUUCAAGAUCUACGAUUAUGAUCGCGAUGGUUUCAUAGGGCAGUCGGAUUUGCUAAAUGUAAUUACGGCUCUCACGCGGAACGAGCUAUCGCUGGAGGAACAUCAGCAGAUCGCGGAGAAAGUAAUCGAAGAGGCGGAUGUCGACGGGGAUGGGAAGCUGUCCUAUUUGGAGUUUGAGCACGUGAUCACGAGAGCGCCGGAUUUUAUCUCUACGUUUCAUAUUCGUAUCUAAAGCUUAAGCU